AUGGGAUCAUUCACAAACUCUCUGUUGACUCCCAUAAAGCAAAUUUCCAGCGACGAGGAGGCUAGCCUCUACGCCAUGCAGCUUGGCAGCUCGUCGGUGCUUCCCAUGGUUCUGAAAUCAGCCAUAGAGCUCGACUUGCUCGAGAUCAUGGCCAAGAACGGUGGCUUCUCUGGCGCUCAAAUGUCUCCUUCGGAGUUAGCUUCUCAUCUCCCAACCAAGAACCCUGAUGCACACCUCAUGCUUGACCGGAUCCUCCGUCUGCUUGCGUCACACGCCAUACUGACUUGCUCUGUCCGUAAACUACCUGAUGGCGGCGCAGAGCGUCUCUAUGGACUUGACACUGUCUGCAAGUACUUGACUAACAACGAGGAUGGUGUUUCUCUUGCCACUCACGUUCUUUUAAACCAAGAUAGAGUCCUCAUGGAAAGCUGGUACCAUUUGAAGGAUGCAGUGCUUGAAGGCGGGAUCCCAUUCGAUAAGGGAUACGGUAUGCCCACAUUCGUGUACCACGGGAAAGACCAGAGAUUUGCAACUGUGUUUAACAAUGGAAUGUCUAACCACUCGACCAUCGUGAUGAAGAAGAUUCUUGAGGUCUACAAGGGCUUCGAAGGAUUAUCCUCUGUAGUCGAUGUUGGCGGUGGAAUUGGAGCCUUACUUCACAUGAUUGUUUCCCAGUACCCAAACAUUACAGGAAUCAACUUCGAUCUCUCUCAUGUCAUUGAGAAUGCUCCACCUCUAACAGGUAUUGAACAUGUUAAAGGAGAUAUGUUUGUUAGUGUUCCCAAAGGAGAUGCCAUCUUCCUUAAGUGGGUGUGUCAUGACUGGAGCGAUGAACAUUGCUUGAAAUUGUUGAAGAACUGUUACGAAGCGCUUCCAGAAAACGGAAAAGUGAUAGUCGUGGAGUGCAUAGUCCCGGUAGCACCAGACACGAGCCUCUUGACUAAACAAGUAGUUCACUUGGACUGCAUCAUGAUGGCUCACACCGCCGGUGGCAGAGAGCGAACGGGAGAGGAGUUUGAGUCUUUGGCAAGAAGAGUUGGUUUCAAAGGCUUCCAAGUCAUUUGCAACGUUUUUGGCACUUACAUCAUGGAAUUCCACAAGAUGCUUUGA